AUGGAAGGCUCCAAAGGGUCCAAAGCCCAUUCAAAGAAAAAUAAAAAUCCUCUAGGCUUAGGAAGAGCCAUCAGAUCAGCUCGUCAGAAGGAAAAUGCCAUUGAAUAUCUGCCAGAUGGUGAAAUGAGAUUUACUACAGAUAAGCAUGAAGCUAAUUGGGUUAAAUUACGUUCUGUCACUCAAGAAAAUGCCUUAGAUGAUUUUUUAAGUACUGCUGAAUUGGCUGACAAAGAUUUUACCGCAGAUAGACAUAGUAACGUUAAAAUUAUCAGAUUAGAAAAUGGGGUGGAUGAUGCAGUUAGUAAAGGUUUUAGUUUGACAAAUGAAAGACGUGAAGCUUUAGAUAGUAAACAAAGAACACUCGCUAAGGAUCUUAUUGUUCCAAGAAGACCUUAUUGGGAUGAAACUACAACUAAAUAUGAAUUACAGAAAGAGGAAAAAGAAGCAUUUUUGCAAUGGAGAAGAAAAUUAGCACAAUUACAAGAAUCAAAUGAAGAUUUACUACUGACUCCAUUUGAAAGAAAUAUUGAAGUUUGGAAACAAUUAUGGAGAGUCGUUGAAAGAUCAGAUCUUGUUGUUCAAAUUGUUGAUGCUAGAGAUCCAUUGUUAUUUAGAUCAGUUGAUUUAGAAAGAUAUGUUAAAGAAACUGAUGAAAGAAAGCAAAACUUAUUGCUAGUAAACAAAGCAGACCUAUUAACUCGUAAACAAAGAAUUGCUUGGGCUAAGUAUUUCAUCUCUAGAGGUAUCUCCUUUACAUUUUAUUCUGCUUUGAGAGCUAAUCAAUUAUUAGAACAACAAAAGGAAGCUGGUGAAGAAUAUAAACCUGGCCAAAUUUUAGAAGUUGAAGAAGAAAUUGAUGAAGCUAAUGAAAAGAAUUUGGACAGUGAGAUCUUAGAAAAGAUUAAAAUAUUGAGUAUUGAUCAACUAGAAGAUUUGUUUUUAUCAAAAGCUCCUAAGGAAUCAUUAACUACACCUUUACCAGGUCAAGAAUCAAUUAUUCAGAUUGGUCUAGUAGGUUAUCCAAAUGUGGGUAAAUCUUCUACAAUUAACUCGCUUGUAGGCUCUAAAAAAGUUUCAGUUUCUUCUACACCAGGUAAAACAAAGCAUUUUCAAACUAUUAAAUUAUCUAAGAAUGUGAUGCUAUGUGAUUGUCCUGGUUUAGUUUUCCCAAAUUUUGCUUAUAACAAAGGUGAAUUAGUCUGUAACGGUGUUUUACCAAUUGAUCAAUUGCGUGAUUACAUUGGUCCUACGACUUUAGUAGCAGAAAGAAUACCUAAAUACUUCUUAGAGGCAGUAUAUGGUAUUCAUAUUCAAACUAAAUCAAAGAGUGAAGGUGGUAAUGGUGAAAUCCCUACUGCCCAAGAAUUAUUAGUUGCAUAUGCUAGAGCUCGUGGUUAUAUGACUCAAGGUUUUGGUUCGGCUGAUGAACCACGUGCAAGUCGUUAUAUUCUAAAAGAUUAUGUUAAUGGUAAAUUAUUAUACAUUAAUCCACCACCACAUUUGGAAGAUGAUACACCAUAUACUAUUGAAGAACGUAGAGAAUUCAAUAAAGAGCUAUAUACUUUUGAUAGGUUACCAGAAACAAGAAGGGAACAAUUAAAAGACGCAGCUAAACAUAAAGGUAUUGACGAGUUAGACUUAGCAAGAGAUUUGAAAAAGUUAACGUUUUCUGCUCAUACUGGGGGUGAAGAUGGUAAGGAAGCAAAGUCUGUUACUCAUGGUGGUAAACAAGCUGCUUUGUUUAAUGCAGCAGAUGAUUUAGACAGAGAAUUUUUCCAAAUGACUAAUAUUAAAGGUCAAUUGACUACACCUUUCCAUAAUAAUCAAUUAGAUAAUUCAGCUGGUAAAAAACACAAUAAGAAAAAUAAGAAAAGCAAAAAGAAAGCUUUAAUGUACACUACAUAG